AUUCCCUGAGAUUUAGAUAUGUCUAUGUAACUAGCAAGCAGAUUGUCACCAUGCCACUGACAAAUGCUGAAAAGCAAAGAAGAUACAGGCAAAGACUAAAGGAGAAGGGGAGUUAUGAGGUCACGAGUCUGUUCAUCAUCUGCUGAAGAUGGAUCAAUAUGGGAGAUAUGAAAGCAGUGGUCAGCCAGAAGAGCUUUUUGAUCCCUCACUGCAUUGGAGGCAGGUCAAAGAGGAAGCUGAUGAACUCCAGAUUUCAACUGUGCCAUUAAGAGUUGAAACAUCCCAGGUUUGUCAAAAUGAGGACCCGGAUGAACAAGAUACCUCCUUUGAUCCACUUUCAGUCAUCCAUCGAGUCACAGAGCAAGAGUGUGGACAUAAAAGCAUGACUUACCUCAAAGUAAAGGUGCUGCCUUCUCCAGUCCCAGUCAAAGAGGAGUCUGAAGAAUGCUCCCUUCUGCCAGUAGAUGAAGAGAAAGUUGCCUUAAUUACAGUUAAGGAAGAAGAGAAUGAAGACUGGUUGAAGUCAGAAGAUGAGGAUGUUGUGAAAGUGCCAGUGCCUUGGGAACCGUUGGAAACAUCAUCAUGCUCAGAUACAGAGGAUACAGAGGACAGUGAGAUGGAAAGUGAUAAUGUGCAGGUCUGUGAAAACAAUGAGCAUGAUGAUUCAGGAGCAUUGAAAAUUGAAAAUUGCAGCAAGACAUCAUUGGAUCCAGGGAUGACACUAGAUACAGAUGAGAAAGCUAAUGCUGCUGAUUUCAGUGACUGUAAAAAGGGGUCCUCCUCCUUCUACCCAUGCCCUCAUUGUACGCUCGGUUUCACCAUAGAACGCUUUUUUCACGGGCAUCUCAAGAGGGCCCACCCUGAAGAGUACAUCACUCUGCUAAAGUUUCGGAAAAUCAUAGCAACCCAAGCCACGUGCCCACAAUGUGGCAAGAGCUUCUCCAAUAAAUAUGUUAUGAAAACACAUCAGAAGAGUCACACAGGAGAGAAACCAUAUCACUGUGCAGACUGUGGGAAUAACUACGUCUUCGCUGAUUCACUCAAAAAACACAGAUGUGGGAAAGGAUUACGAAGACAAACCCAUCUGACCAGCUAUGAAAUGAUCCCCACAGUAGAGAGACCAUAUACAUGUGUUCAGUGUGGAAAAGGAUACAGAUUUCAAACCCAACUGACUAGCCAUGAAAAGAGCCACACAGGAGAGAGACCAUAUAAAUGCUCUCAGUGUGGAAAAGAAUACAGAAGACCAGCCCAUCUAAAAAGACAUCAAAUGACCCACACUGAAGAGAGGCCAUUUGAUUGCCUCAGGUGUAAGAAGUCAUUCUACCGGCCGGAAACUCUAAAAGCACACCAGAAAACCCAUACAGGAGAAAAGCCUUAUCGAUGCUCUCUGUGUGACAAAUGUUUUGGCUUUUCCAGAGACCUUAAGAGACAUCAGUUGACACAUACAAGGGAGACCCACACUGGACAGAGGUACUAUGAUGUCCACGAGUGUAAUAAGUCCUCCGGCCAGCUGGAAAUUCUCAAUGCACACCAGAAAACACACAAAGUAGAAAAGCCUAAGCCUUAUCAGUGCUCUCAGUGUGACAAAUGUUUUGGCUUUUCCAGAGAUCUUAGAAGACAUCAGUUGACACAUACAGGGGAGAAACCGUUUAGUUGCCCCCAAUGUGAAAAAUGUUUCGGUAGGAAAUGGGAAUUGACGUACCACCAACGGACACACAGCGGAGAGAGGCCUUAUCACUGCUCUGAGUGUGGACAGAGCUUUAGCCUAAGGGGGAACUUUAAACGCCACCAGCAGAGCCACACAGGGAAGAAGACGUUUCACUGCACUCAGUGUGACAAGAGUUUCUUCAGAGCGGCUCACCUGAAAACCCAUCUCCUCAUUCACAAUAGAACCAAAACAGUGGUCUGCUCUAACUGUGGGAAAGGGUUCAACCAUGACGGGAACUUAAAACGUCACCAACGAUUCUGUAUGAAGACAGAGCAAAAUUGUAAUGCACCCCCAUCUGUAGAAGUACAGAUAUGAUAUAAUAAUGUAAUACAAUGCCAUCUAAUUACAAGUCUGUUCUUCUUGGUACAUUUAUCUCUAGUUCAAAAUCAUUCAAGAGACAGGCCUUUUUGUUCUCUGACGACUGUAGGGGAGUAGGAUUCGCUUUCAUGUAUAUAUGCCCAUUAGGUGGCAGUAAAAUAGGAAAGUAUUUUUACAUGUAGUGGUACUUUUUACUUUUCGAUAUUCUGUAUGUGCAACCGCAAUAAUAUUAGCUGACCCUCCGAUACUCCUGAAAAUCAUCCAUGUAACUAGCUAAAGGUAAAGAUAUUUCUGAAUAUAUAUAUAUAUAUAUAUAUAUUAAACAUAUAUGAGCUUUAUAAAGCCAUUUGAGGACAAAUUGGGUGUGUAGCUGACUAUACAAGCCUUGUGUUGUGCCAGAUAGAAUAAAUUAGGGCAAUUCCACAUAGCGUUACUAGUUGUUUCAAAUAGGGCGCUAGUACGGUAUAACAAAGAUAGUAGCUAGCUAUGUAUGUUUGAAACUGUUUUAAAGACCCAUGUGGACCAACAUGUGAAGUUCAUACGAGCACCAAGUUGGGUGUCAAAUAAAAGCUAAAAGUGUCUGUUUGUCUGUGUGUGAUCUGUUAUAAUAAAAUGGAGCUGCGA